UCGCUACUUAUUCUCGCGACGAAGUUCUACGCGAUCGGACGUUGUUUGAUCAUUGCGAUCGUCUGAUUUUCCGAUCGACGCCUGAUAGACGGAGACGGAGAAUCAUCCGUACUACUGAUCUCGCGUGUGUGUGUGCAACUGUGAGUGCGUGCGUGCGCAUCUCAACUUAACGGAAGCUGUACGCGUGCGCUAACUCUUCGCGAUCGCUCACCAAUCCGCGAGUGGUUUUGGUAAACUUUCGGAAGAACACGGCGGCGACUGAACCAGAUGAAGAUCAACAAGUUCUAUUGCGCUGCAACCCUAGGUGCCCUGCUGGCAUCGGUCGGAGUGAUCUUUGCCCUUUUCUGGGGUGACAUUUUGGAUGCCAUCGUAAUUAAGGAAAAAUAUCUCACCCCCACAUCGAAAGCGUUCAAACUGUGGAAGCGUCCACCGUUCCAGCUGAGAUGGGAGAUAACCUUCUUCAACUGGACCAACGCGAACGAUUUCCUCGAGAACAAAGCCACCAAACCCUCAUUCGCCGAGGUUGGUCCGUAUUUUUUCACAGAAUCCCCCGAGAAGAUCGACAUCCGGUUUAAUCCCAAGAACGCAUCGAUCAGCUUCCGGAGGCGAAGCUACUUCACACCGGACGAUGCGCGCAGCGUUGCGUCCGCCUCGCCGGAUGAACCAAUCACCAGCAUCAACAUGGUGGCCCUGUCGGCGGCCAAUCGGGCUCGCUUCUGGGGUUACGCGGCCCAGCGGGCGGUCUCGUUCGCUCUGUACACCUACCAGCAGGACAUCUUCGUGAGCAGAACGGCACGGGAGUUGCUGUUCGAUGGCUACCCGGAGCCGAUGAUUAAACGAGCCCAGGAAAUCCUCAGCUUCAUCGGAGAGGACAUCCAGUUCGAUGGGAGGUUCAGCUGGUUCCACACGAUCAACGGGUCGAAGAAGGCCUACGGACAUUUCAAUAUAGACACAGGUCGGGAUGAUCCCACCCGGUAUGGGUUGAUUCGGGCGUGGAACUUCAAAUCCCGGGCUGACUUUGCCGACGGGGAAUGCGGGAAGUUCCAGGGUUUCUCGGGGGACAUUUUUCCCACGAAGAUACGGAAGGAUCGUCCGCUGGGUAUCUUCACCCCGGAGAUGUGUCGGAUGGUUUCGUUCGAGUUCGAACGGGAAGAGGAUGUGCUAGGAAUCAAGGGCUACCGCUUUGUGGGAAGUGAACGAACAAUUGAUAAUGGGUCACUGUAUGCGGAGAAUCAGUGCAACUUCGGUGGGGAGUUCAUGCCGUCCGGGGUGAUCAACAUCACCGAAUGCCGUCUGGGUGCGCCCUUCUAUAUGUCGUUCCCGCAUUUCCACCUGGCGGAUCCUUUCUACCGGGAUCAGAUGGAAGGCAUGAUGCCCGACAAGGAGCGACAUCAGUUUUUCUUCACAAUAGAGCCCACCACAGGGCUGGUUCUGAACGCUUCGGUACGUUUCCAGAUCAAUGUGUUGCUGCAGAAGUAUCCGGCGAUUGCACUGUAUCAAGACGCACCACGUUCAUACAUUCCCGUGCUGUGGUUCUCGAGGAGUUUUGAGAUAACGCAGGAGGAAGCCCUCAAGCUGAGAGGCCUGCUAAAGGGGACAGAGUUGGGCUACUUCGGAGGCUUUGCAGUGGCUGCCGUUGGACUGCUCGUGGCACUCGUGUCGCUUGGAUUAGGUUGCGCUAUCGGAAGCCGCAAGUCGAAGAAUACAAACGACGAUGAGCGGACAGUCAGGAACGGGGAUGCCCGGGGGAACUACCAGGCCGUUCAGAAUGGAUGUAAAGAUAAAGAAGUAAUAAAACUUUGAUGUUUUUCAUACGUUUUAAUGCUGUGGUUUUUUCAAAAA